AUGCUGGGGACGCUGGGACUUUGGGUACUGCUUCCCGCAGCUGUGCAAUCACCCCCAAGCAGGCGGGCCUGUGUGUUCUUUGAAGCCCCCAGAGUUCGGGGAAGCACAAAGACACUGGGGGAGCUGCUAGGUGCAGGACCAGGGUCCCCCAGGGUUAUCCGCUGCCUCUACAGUCACUGCUGCUUUGGGAUCUGGAAUCUGACCCAAGACCAGGCACAGGUGGAGAUGCAAGGAUGUCGAGACAGUGAUGAGCCAGGCUGUGAAUCUCCCCAUUGUGACCCAACUCCCAGAGCUCACCCCAGCCCUGGCUCCAUUCUCUUCACCUGCUCCUGUGGCACUGACUUCUGCAAUGCCAAUUACAGUCAUCUGCCUCCUCCAGGGAGCUCUGGGACUCCUGGUUCCCAGGGUCCCCAGACUACCCCAGGCGAGUCCAUCUGGAUGGCGCUGGUGCUGCUGGGGCUGUUCCUCCUCUUCCUGCUACUUCUGGGUAGCAUUAUCUUGAGCCUGUUACAGCGAAAGGCCUGCAGAGUUCGAGGGGGGCCAGAGCCAGAACCAGCUUUAGGCAGAGACUGGAGUGAGGAGCUGCCGGAGCUGCCAGAGCUGCCAGAGCUGUGCUUCUCCCAGGUCUUGCGGGAAGGAGGCCACGCUGUGGUAUGGGCUGGACGACUGCACGGGGAGCCGGUAGCUAUCAAGGUGUUUCCUCCAAGGGCUGUGUCCCAGUUCCGAACUGAGCGAGCACUGUAUGAGCUGCCAGGCCUAAAGCAUCAGCACAUUGUCCGCUUUAUCACUGCCAGCAAGGGGAGCCCUGGCCCCUCGCCAGGUGGGCCCCUACUGGUGCUGGAGCUGCAUCCCAAGGGCUCCCUGUGCCACUACCUGACCCAGCAUACCAGUGACUGGGGUAGUUCCUUGCGGAUGGCACUGUCUCUGGCCCAGGGCCUGGCAUUUCUCCAUGAGGAACGCUGGCAGGAUGGUCAAUAUAAACCAGGUAUUGCCCACCGAGACCUUAGUAGCCAAAAUGUGCUUAUUCGGGAAGAUGGAUCAUGUGCUAUUGGAGACCUGGGCCUUGCAUUGGUACUCCCUGGUCUUACUCAGCCCCCCGCCUGGACCCCUACUCCACCUCAAGGUCCAGCUGCCAUCAUGGAGGCUGGUACCCACAGGUACAUGGCACCAGAGCUCUUGGACAAGACUCUGGACCUACAGGACUGGGGCACAGCUCUCCGGCAAGCUGAUGUUUACUCUCUGGCUCUGCUCUUGUGGGAAAUACUGAGCCGCUGUCCAGAUUUGCAGCCUGACAGUAGACCAUCAUCUUUCCAACUGGCCUAUGAGGCAGAGCUAGGCAGCAGCCCUACCACCUGUGAACUAUGGGCCUUGGCAGUGGAGGAGAGAAGACGCCCCUACAUCCCACCUACCUGGCGCUUCUUUACCGCAGAACCUGGUGGCCUGAGGGAGCUCCUAGAGGACUGUUGGGAUGCAGACCCUGAAGCACGACUGACGGCUGAGUGUGUGCAACAGCGCCUGGCUGCCCUGGCCCAUCCUCAGGAGGCCCACCCCUGCCCAGAGGACUGUCCACAUGGCUGCCAACCUCUCCUCCCAGAAGACUGUCCCUCAACUCCUACCCCCUGCCAUGUUCCCCCUGUAGGCCUCGGCUGA